AUGAAGAAACCCGUUCUCGCUGUUAUUGGAUCCGGAUGGGGCGGUUUCAUUCUGUCCCAGAAGGUAUCUAUGGAGCAAUACCAUUUGAAGAUUAUCUCGCCAAUCCGCACGAUUCAGUACACACCUCUGCUGGCCAGUGCAGCUUGUGGUCUGUUCAAUUUCCGUCUAGCAGAAGAGCCGGUCAGGAGGAAACAACGUACCGAAGUUGAAUACUACAAGGCAAUUGCACACAACAUCGACUUCGAGAAACGCAUCGUCCGAUGCAAGACAGCAGCCGAGGUAGAUGGGGAGGACCCGAAAGACUUCGAAGUCGAAUAUGACAAGCUCUGCAUCGCACCUGGGUGCGAUAUCCAGGAUUUCGGCACGCCGGGGGCCAAAGAACAUGCUCUCUUCCUGAGGACAACGAACGACAGUCGGCUUCUCCAGCAACGUCUUCUCGAAAUGAUGGACCAGGCUUCUCUUCCCACCCUUCUCAGCGACCCCCAAAGACAGCGUGAUAUCCUGAAUAUCCGGAUAGUUGGUGGUGGCGCCAUCGGCAUCGAGGCUGCUGCUGAGCUUGUCGAUCUGUGGAACGAAGACAUGCGGUUUCUUUUCCCACAUCUCGAUGGAAAGCUCACUAUUACGAUCCACGACGUGGCGCCAUCUAUUCUGACGACAUUCGACCGUUCGCUGGCCGAAUAUGCCACCGAAUCAUUAACCAGAGGCAAGCAACAUAUCAUCCAAAUCAAAACAAGCUCGCAUAUCGAGAAGGUCGAUGCUGGCGCGAUCUACACCAAAGAAGAUGGCCGACUGCCGUAUGGAGUUCUUAUUUGGGCGACUGGUAACAAGGUCAACAAGCUCGUGGACACAAUAUCGGAUCGCAUCCAACUUCCUGAGAAAGGGCUGCCGAGAAUUCUGACGGACAAAUAUCUGCGCGUCCUGCGUUCAGACGGAAGCUCUAUGGACGGAGUUUACGCUUUAGGCGACGCGGCGGAUAUCAAAGGAGAAUCACUUCCUACUUUAGCUGAAGUGGCGUUGCAGAAGGGCGAAUACCUCACAGAAGUCUUUAACAAGCACAGCAGCGGAGACUCCGUAGGCCCGCCUCCUUUUGAGUACAAACAACGCGCUCUUUUAGCGUAUCUCGGACAACAGGACGGUAUCAUCGCAGGGAAGGAGGACUGGACUGGGAAGGCCGCUUGGGUCGCAUGGCGUUCAGGUUCCUUGGGUUGGACGAGGAGUUGGCGAAGAAAAUUGAUGAUUUCGAUCAGUUGGCUUUUUGUGUGGUUUGGCGGAAGAGAUAUCGCAAGGUACUAG